AUGAAAUUAAUCGACCCAGUUGUUCGAAGUUUCAAAGUGGCUAAAGUGUUUCGAGAAAACACAGACAAAAUAAACAGUAUAGACUUUUCUCCUACUGGUGAAACAUUAAUAUCCUGCAGUGAAGAUGAUCAAAUUGUCAUAUACGAUUGUGAAAAAGGCACACAGUUAAUCACUGUAAACAGUAAAAAAUAUGGUGUAGAUCUAAUACAUUUCACACAUGCCAAGAACACUGCCAUACACAGCUCAACAAAGGUUGAUGAUACUAUCAGAUAUUUGUCACUUCACGACAACAAGUACAUAAGAUACUUUCCUGGCCAUACCAAAAAAGUUGUCACUCUUUGUUUGUCACCAGUUGAAGAUGUAUUUCUGUCCGGAUCAUUAGACAAAACAUUGCGCUUGUGGGAUCUUCGCUCUCCUAAUUGCCAAGGCUUAAUGCACUUGUCAGGAAGACCUGUAGCAGCUUAUGACCCAGAAGGCCUUAUAUUUGCUGCAGGAGUUAAUUCAGAAAGUAUCAAACUCUAUGAUUUGAGAUCUUUUGAUAAAGGCCCUUUUGUUACAUUCAAGUUGAAUCAAGAAAAAGAAUGUGAUUGGACUGGAUUAAAAUUUUCACGAGAUGGUAAAACUAUAUUGGUUAGUACAAAUGGAUCCAUCAUUCGACUUGUGGAUGCUUAUCAUGGCACACCUUUGCAGACCUUCACAGGUCACCUUAAUAAUAAAGGAAUACCCAUAGAAGCAUCAUUUAGUCCUGACUCACAGUAUAUCUUCAGUGGCUCAACUGAUGGAAGAGUUCAUGUUUGGAAUGCUGAUACAGGCUAUAAAGUAUGUGUUUUAAAUGGUGAUCAUCCUGCUCCUAUACAAUGCGUACAAUUUAACCCCAAGUUUAUGAUGCUGGCCUCUGCCUGCACCAAUAUGGCAUUUUGGUUACCUACAUUAGAUGAUGUUUAA